AUGCAGGCGAACAAUCCUACAUUCAAACCAUCCCCUCUAUCAUUUGGGUCACCGCGGGCAUCGCCCUUUCGGCGGCCCUCGACACCUAACUCCCCACCCUCCGGUCGUCCUGGGACGCCUGGAAGCUCUCCAAGUAGGAGCGGCUAUACGCCAAUGGCAUCACCUAGCAAGCUCAACCAGUCGUAUACAGCUGCUGAAGAAGAUUCUGUAUCCCCGAGGACCGAUCCCAUUCCGCAGCCGAAAUUCACAAGAGAAAUGCCCCCCUCCCCCACCAAGGGCGCCCGCUCGCCUGGACAUUCAUCGCCGAUUGUGGGUCGCCCAAGUGGUAUGGGAGAUGGCGGUUCAGACGUUUCUAUGAAGAUUCCGCCCAAUGUGGCCCGGGAGAUCCGUGAGGCUUUCCAGGUACUCGAUCGCGACAACGAUGGGCUGGUAAACAUAGAUGAUGUGGCCGAUGUGCUCACGAACCUGGGCCAAGAUUCUUCACCGUCCACUCUGGCGCGCUUCUUCCCCUCUGGCUCUAGCCAAACCAUCAACUUCCCGACGUUCCUGAACACACUGUCACAAUUAAUGGCUCCCAUGUCCUCAUCCCAGGACCUUCUUAAUGCCUUGGCCGCGUUUGAUGAUGACGAUAACGGCCAGAUUGAUGUUGCUGAACUGCGUGAUGCGCUUCUACACACUCUACCUGAGGAUGGAGGCAGGCCAUUAACGGAACAACAAAUCGACGAGGUCUUCAGCGGGUUUACCGGGCGGCGGGCAUUUGGCGGUCGACCUGCGAAGAAAGGAGGCGCAUCCAAACGAGGGGAAGUUUUCCAGUACCAUGAUUUCGUGCGCAGCAUCAUGGGUGGAGAGAACGGGAAUGGUGGUCGGCACGAGGCUGGCAAUGCUCAAGCUUGA